ACAAACCCCUUUCCUCUGCUCAACUCAACUCAGUUCAUCAAAUCAAAAACCCUACCUUUUUUUUAGUUACUAGGAAAGGGUGAUCAGUUUUUUUUUUCUUUCACAUUGGCUUCUGCCCAAUGCCUAAAUAUCAAUGGUGGAGUCCCUUUACCUCUCCCUCUGCAACGGUGCAACCUCAAUCUAUAACUAGUAACUAAGCGUGUCAUUAGUUAGUGUUACCUUGGUGUGUUGAACUCGCAGGCAUGGCGGCCUUAUCAACCAGAGGCCUCGUUUCUCGUCUCCACCAGCACUUCCUUUCCCUAUCAAGGCCAUUCGCAGCAGCCCCAACAUCCCUCCCUUUUCAUGCCUUAACUAGAAGAUUAUUCAGCUCUGAUGCCUUGAUGGAUGGCUCCCAGAUCCUCCAUCAACCACCCACCCGAAUCAUCCAGGCCACUCCAGCUAUCAUGACUCCCAACUCCAAGCGAACUGGGAUCAUUGCCGUCAAGUGUGGCAUGACUGCUCUUUGGGACAAAUGGGGUGCUAGGCUUCCCAUUACUAUCCUCUGGGUCGAUGACAAUAUCGUCUCUCAGGUCAAGACUGUUGAAAAAGAAGGAAUCUUUUCCCUUCAGAUCGGUUGCGGCCACAAAAAGCCUAAACAUUUGACAAAGCCUGAGGUGGGUCAUUUCAGAGCUCAAGGUGUUCCCUUGAAGAGGAAAUUGAAGGAGUUCCCCGUCACCGAAGAUGCUCUUCUCCCUGUUGGUACAUCACUUGGGGUACGCCAUUUUGUUCCAGGCCAAUAUGUAGAUGUCACUGGAACCUCUAGAGGGAAAGGUUUUCAGGGUGCAAUGAAAAGGUGGGGAUUUAAAGGAAUGCCGGCAUCUCAUGGUGCAUCAUUAUCGCAUCGGAGUCCUGGUUCUACUGGUCAGAGGGAUGCUCCUGGAAAGGUAUUUAAAGGGAAAAAGAUGCCUGGGCGCAUGGGUGCGAAGACAAGAACAGUUAAAAAUGUGUGGGUAUACAAGAUAGAUCCUGCAAGGAAUUUGAUGUGGGUGAGGGGUCAGGUCCCAGGUGCUAAAGGGAACUUUGUCUUCAUAAAGGAUUCUGUUUACAAGAAACCCAAUGUUUCAAUGCUUCCAUUCCCGACUUAUUUUGUAGCAGAAGAUGAGGAUGAAACAAAUAUAGGGCCUCUGGUUGCUGAUCUUGGAGAGGUAGAUCCGUUUAUGGUAGCUGAUUGACGUGGGGCGGAGUUUGAGUUGGUUGUGGGAUGGCAGAUUAAUUUCCGGACCAGUUAACUUGCGGAAUAGUAAGAAGUUGGUUUGUGUCCUAGUUAUUUGGUUUUAGGAAGGAAUGUAAUAUGAGAUAAUGGUUAUAGAGUUGAAGGUUGAUGUAUGAAUUUUUGAAGCAAAUUGAGCAUUGAUUUUUCUGUAACAGGAAUGGAGUUAUUUUAAAUAAAUGAAAGGAAACCUGAAAUUUUGCUUUUGCGAGUACAAA